AGGCCGCGUGCGCGCCGCGCGGGCGGCCCCCGGGCUCGAGGCCGCCAUUGCGACGGCCAGGCGCGCCGGCCGCCCCCGAUCGGGCAGCGUGGGGAACCCCCCCUGUGGUGACCUCCCCCUGGCGGUGCCCCACCCGCGGCCCGAGAUCGCGCGCGGGCCGCGGCUCGCCUGCGCCGCAGGCACCGCGAUGACGGCGGGCGGCUCGACACAGGAGGCCGACGCGCCUGGCUCAGAGAGAAGGGUGGCCGUCUUCCUGGCGCUGACUCUGCUGCCCGUCGCGUACUACAUGCAGGAGACAGG